UUAAUGGAGUCGGAGAGAGAGAGAGGGCAGGGGAGUUAGUGAGAGUGACAGAGGGUUGGGUGAUGCGGCAGACAGGGAGAGGGUUACCAUAGCUGUGUUUUCUAUUUGAAAUCUCAAGAUGUAGAGAUAAAACGAAAGGAGAGGCAAUGAGUAAGAGAGACCGAAAGAAGUAGAAAGUGAUACGGAGAUAUAGGGCAGGUUGAGGAUUGAGGAAAAAGUGGUCAAAGUAGGAGGGGGAGAGACAGAAAGGGAAAGGGAGGGAGAAAAAAACGAAAGAGGGGAAUGGAGAAAGUACACUAGAGUACUUUUUCGACAGCGGCUGUCAAGUCGAGCCCCUCGCAAGAAUUCUUCUAUUUGGUUUUUCCUUUUUUUCCCCUCUCCCCGUCCCACUUCCUUUUUGUGCUCACAUCUGUAAUGGCGAGUCACUUCCUCAGUCUUUCUCGGCUCCAAUGGGCUCGUCCUCCACUUUUCCAAAGCCUCCCUCCUCUCUGACCACCUCCUGGACAGCAGCUGGAGACAGCGGCAGGCGCAGACGGCAGGACACUCCCCGCCGACAGGCACACAAACAUCUCCCCGGACCAGCCCCGGCCACCCCCCCCCCCCCCAGGCACUCUGGUUUCAGCCGAUUCCACCGCCGGCUGGAGAAGACUGUCAGGAGCCCCAGAGGAGAACAGCAAACCAAUUGUUUUUUUGAUUUUUCCACUACUCUUCUUCUUCUUCUUCUUCUUCUUCUUCUUCUUCUUCUUCUUCUUCUUCUUCUUCUUCUUCUUCUUCUUCUGGUCCUAUUCCCUUAUAUGGCAGCAGAGCUGGGAAAUCGUUUGAAUUAGUCUGGUUGCUGCUUGUGGAAGCACUGGAAUCUCGGAACUGGUAAGUGUGUGUCUGUGUGACUGUGUGACUGUGUGUGUGUGUGUGUGUGUGUGUGUGUGUGUGUGUGUGUGUGUGUGUGUGUGUGUUUGUCUCUGCCCGUCAUAUGUGCGCGCGUGUGUGGGCUCCAUGUGUGCCAGAUGAUUGGUUUGUUUUGUCCCUCUGUAUCCCUUCUCUCCUGCCUUGUGUUCUCGGGCCGAGGGGCGGUGCUUGUGUCUGUGGUCGGGCUGGAGGCAGUGGCCACGGCCCAAGGGGCAACACUUAUUGAUUCUGGAUCCACUGGAUCAUUUCUCCCCCCUUUUCUCUCUCUCUCUCUCUCUCUCUCUCUCUCUCUCUCUCUCUCUCUCUCUCUCCCUCCCUCCCACUCUCUGCCUCUGUUCGCUGUCGGGGGUGCGAUGCCGCGGGCCGUCUAGUCGAGCAACACAUCCCAGGGUCUCCAGUCAGCCGCCGGGGAGGGGAGCGGGUCAGCGAGGCGAGCCUCAGGGGCGUUUGGUGUCCACAUCCAGGGGGUUAUGGACGAGACAGGCGGCUCGUAAAAACACAAGCAAGACGAGACACACACACGCGCGCGCGACGCUGACACAUGGGAACGCUGUACCCGAGGACAUCUCCAUGGCAACGGGACGCCUGACCCCGGAGGACCUCGCCGGGGCUCAGGAAGCGGGCUUCGCCGUCGGGUCAGCCACCACAAGGCGCCGGGUCGCCUCCGUCGCUCCAGCUCAUCCCGGCCAAUGGAAGCCUUUGUUUUGAGCACUGAAAGGGGAGUACGGGAACGCCGGUGACCGGACGCACCCGGGAGCACUCUGAUACGUCUCCCGUAUGGGGGACGCCGAGGGCCGCGACCGUACCCUGUCCACCCUUACUUUUCUCCGGCUGUGACUUGUCGUGAUAAACGCACAGGCCCCCCCCCCCCCCCCCCCCCCCCCCCCCGGUUACCAUGUCGACGCCGGGACCGUGGUUCCACCACGAGAUCAGCCGCGUUCAGGCGGAGGAACUGCUGGCGCGCGCCGGUCGGGACGGAAGCUACCUGGUUCGGGCCAGCGAAUCGGUGGCAGGCGCCUACGCCUUGUGCCUGCUAUUCCAACGUCAUGUUCACACCUACCGGAUCCUUCCGGAUGCUGAGGGUCUGCUGGCAGUGCAGACCAUGCAGGGUGUUCAGGUCAACUGUUUCCGUACACUGGAGGAGCUGGUGAUGGGCUACCAGCACCCCCAUAAAGGCCUGGUCACUCCGCUGCAGUACCCUGUGAGCCGUGUGACCGACCCUGGAGACGAGAGCUCAGACGAAGAGAAGCCCGCUCCUGUGCCAGCCUCCUUCAACACUACAGCCUCUCACCUCCCCUUCCUCAAUAAGUUGCAGGAACUCAACACAACCAGCAUCUCAGGAGACGUGAUGGGACUGCUCACUGACUACCUCCACAAGGAUCUUCCUCUGGACAUUGAGAGUGUGUUUAAAGGGGCUACGUGCUUACGCAACCUGCAACACACACUAGGCACGACCUGCCAAGGCCUCAACAGUGAAAUUGACCUCACGCUCUCGAGUCUAGAGACACUGGCCAAGGUGUUUGACCAUCCAAUCAGUCCACUCUGCAACAAGUCACAGGGCCCGGAGAUGGAGCUUGACAGCCUGCUGUGUAAGAUCUCAGCAUUGGUCAGCCUGUUGUCUUCUCUGGAAAAAAGGGUUUUGAAAGCACUGCAAGAUGCAGUGACCAAUCACAAUCUAGCAGUCCAACCUGCCCCCCCUCCUCCGGAACCACCGGCUGUGGCGGUGAACACCGCCAGGAGCAACGCCAGGCCCCUGCCCGUCCACGCAUUCCAGGUCAAGAUGGCGCGCUACGGCCGACAGACCGUCUCCGUGGACGUGGACACCGGAGUGCUGCUCUUUGACAAGAAGACGGGGACUUUUGGCGUGGAGACCGUGUCUCACGAGCGGGUUCUGCAGGUGGUCCAGUUCCACGCCAGCCCUGCUAAGCUGCGCCUGGCGGUGGACGGUCACCACAGCACGCCACGGGAGCUCACCUUCCAGAGCGCCAGGAAACGGGAGGCCUUCUGCAUGCUGCUCCAGCUGAUGAAGACCAGACACGCCCAGCUGGGAGAGCCCGACUUGCUCUCGGUGUUCGUCGGCACCUGGAACAUGGGAGGGUCUCCGCCGCCCCGGGACCUGACCUCCUGGGUGACCUGCUGUGGUCUGGGUCGCACCCCGGACGAAUCCACCGCCUCGCUGGCCCACGACGUCUACGCCCUUGGCACGCAGGAGAACCCCCAGGGGGAGAGGGAGUGGACGGAGCACCUCCGCACCACCCUGCGCGGCUGCACCCACCUGGACUACAAACAGGUGGCAGUGCAGUCCCUCUGGAACAUGAGGCUUGUGGUUUUGGUAAAGCCUGAGCACGAGGGCCGCAUCAGCCACGUGAACACGGCCAGUGUGAAGACCGGCCUGGGAAACACACUGGGAAACAAGGGAGCCGUUGGGGUCUCCUUCCAUUUCAAUGGAACAUCUUUUGGCUUUGUCAACUGCCAUCUGUCCUCUGGCAGUGAGAAAGUAAUAAGGAGGAACCAGAACUUUGUGGACAUUCUCCGGCUGCUCUCGCUGGGAGACAAACAGCUCAACGCCUUCGACAUCAGCCUGCGCUUCACCCAUCUCUUCUGGUGCGGCGACCUCAACUACCGGCUGGACCUGGACGUGCAGGACAUUCUGAAGCACGUAUCCAAGAGGGAGUUUGAGGAGCUGAUGUGUGCAGACCAGCUUACCAGAGAGAGACAGAAGAACAAGGCUUUCCUCAACUUCAAGGAAGAGAAGAUUUGCUUUCCACCCACAUACCGUUACGAGAGAGGCUCUAGGGGCUGCUACCUGUGGCAGAAGUACAAGACGUCAGGGGUGCGAGUCAACGUGCCAUCGUGGUGUGACCGGGUUCUGUGGAGGACCUAUCCAGAGGCUCACCUUAACUGCACCUCUUAUGGUUGUACCGAUGACAUCUUCACCAGUGACCAUUCGCCUGUGUUCGGCACAUUCCAAGUCGGGGUGACAUCACUGCCCGGUUCAAAAACAGCUGACCAAAACUCAGGCACCGAGAGGGUCCGGAUAGAGCUGGAGAGGCUGGAAGCCAUCGUGAAGACUGCGAGCAAGUCCAAGUUCUUUGUGGAGUUUCACUCCGCUUGUCUGGAAGAGACACGUCGGUCUGGUGAGAAUGACUCACAGAGCUGUGACGUGCCCGGUUUCCUCAAGCUCGGCUGGUCAGCCAAGCAGCUGCCGAAGCUGCUCCCUGUUGCCUCGGAUGUGGACUAUCUGCAAGAUCAGCACCUGCUGUUGUCCAUCAAAUCAUGUGAUGGCUUUGAGUCAUAUGGAGAAUGCUGUGUGGCCCUGCGGUCACCGAGCGGCCCGCUGGAGCAAUUUGAAACCUUUCUGAGCCAUCGGGGCGAGGAGAUGGGCACCAUCAGAGGCCAUGUCAAAGUUCACGUGCCCGCAGACUACAGACGAGCAGCCAGGUCAAAGAUCUACGAGUGUUUCUGCUUUGAGAAGGACGACAAGGGUCCAGGAAGGGGUCCCCCAGUGGCUCUGCCGUCCAUCCGGGCCCUCGUCCACAAUCCUUCCCAUCCAAAGCCAAGCAGCUACACCAACCCCGCCUACUUCAUCUUUGAGGGCAUAUCCGUGGCCCCCAGGGCGGCGGACCCCCCGCCAAAACCAAGAGCCCCCCAGGUGGUCUGGUCAGGGGACGAGGCGCUGCAGCUUCCCAAACUCACCGCCGCCGGGAUCGCCCCAGACGGGAAGUCGGCUCGCAGGUCCAACUUCACCGAGAUCGAGAUCCCAAACGCGCCGUCGCCCUACUCCCAAAUCAAUGACCUCCACCUGCACCAUCACACUAAUUCCUCCAACUCCUACCAGCUGUUCCCCUCCAAAUCCCCACCUCCUCUGCCCCCGGCACAGAGUCAAAGCAUCACGCACGCCAGCGAGCAUCUUCCACAGGCCAAAGCCAAAGGCCCGGGGGUGGCUCCAACGGUGGCUCACACCCCCGCACCGGGGAAGAACCUGGCCAGCAUGUACGUCAACCACCCGGCCAUCCCCAGGGAGAGCCCCAGGAGGGAUCCUCCCAUGCCUCCCCCAGAGAGGGCCGGUCCUCUCCAGGGCCUGAAGCACCCGUCUCUGUUCCCCUACGCCUCUACCCACUUGCCACUAGCCUGCAAGGCCUCCGCUCCCUGGAAGGUGGAGCAGCAGCAUCGGCAGCAGCAGCACCAGCAACACGCGGCGAGACCUGCGGGGGACCACUCCCUGACCGCCCUGCAGAUCGCCAAGUCCCUCAGCGAGAUGGACUUCUUCCCCCCGGACAUGGGCAGCCAGUAUGUAGCACAGCAGAGGUCGGGACAGAGGAACGGCCCCGGCACCCCGGCGGAGAGGGGCUACUGCAGGGAGAAUGAGGUGUCGGUUCUGCGCGGUGCGCCGGAGACAGUGCGGGAGCUUCUCGGGAUGCUGGGCCUUCAGAAAUACACACUGGGACUCAGUCUGCACGGCUGGGACGACCUUGAUUACUUCAGUGGAAUCACGGAGGAGGACUUGCGCGCCGCAGGGGUCUUGAACCCACCUCAUCGCCGCAGGAUCCUGGAAAACCUGCCCCGGAUCCUGGAGAACCUUCCCAGCAUCUGGAACUAAACCCUUUGCAGAAUCACAAAAGAGACUAAAGACAGCGAGGUUCAGAGGUCCUCGUUAAAAACCUCUACAUUCACUCUGCAAAUACUGUCACCGGGCCCUGUCUGCACACGUGCACACACAUGAUGUUCAGGGUCCGUUCAGGCCACCAUUACAUUCCCAUCGCUCUGUCAAGCGGUCCACCUUCCUCAUGAGAGAUGUUUAUUCAAAUCGCGGUGUCAAGAUGUGUCUCGUUUAAUACGGUGACAUGCUCAAAUAUUGAUAAUGGAUUUGAGGCCACGCAGGUUUUGUUAAAUUACUUUGUCAAAAGCGCACUGCCUCACUUUGAAUGCAUUCAUUCAUGGCUGAUGUUUAACAUUGGUACGGACCGCCUCGUGGAUGUUCUUUCUGUUGUACUGUCAUUGCUUGUAAAAGAGGGAGUUAAUUACAGUCUCGGUGUCCAGAAACCCCAUGGGAGUAUAGCUGUGACGUGAUGACGGGGGGGGGGGACAACCUUCAGGAUCUCCUGUUUACCGUCUGAUACUGUGCUGCUAUUGCUAUCUUGUCACUUAAUCUGUGCCUGUGUCAUGUUUUAACUGGGAGACCUACGGCAGCUUUUCCCUGUGACUGAACAAUCAAUGAGGUCCAUUUAGGCUGCCACGCAACGGCGAGCGAGCAAAGCAAAUUCACUUCAUGUAUGUUCCGUGUUCAUGGACCCCUGACGUAGAUCAUUGCACUUGGCUGGUGAAAUGAAUUUUGGUUAACCUUUACAAUCAUGUUAUCAUACUUCUCUCAUUCCGGAAUAAGUGAUGUUUCUGCUAAUGUAUGACAUAAUGUACCACACAUUUUGGAAGGUCCAAUCCGAGAAAAAAAUGUUGCAACAGAUUGAUUUGCAUGUUAAUAUUGACUUGAUAUAAAUCCACCAAACAACCCAAA